AUGGAACAUCAUGGAGAGGAUGACGGCAUAUUCCACGUGUUUUCAGACAGGGAGAGCCUUGGUCCAAAUGGAUUCGCCCAUGUGACGGUGACGUUCACUCCAAAGAGCCCUGGCACAUUUUCCCUCGAGAGUUACGUUUUCUCUACGGCGGGAGGGAACAAAGUGGCUCUUUCACUUCAAGGAAAGGCCUUGGGUCCUACAGUGCGCCUAAGUCGUCAAGAACUAGAUUUUGGGGACGUUGCGUCUGGUAAAAUGAAUUCACGGAUCUUGUACAUCGAAAAUGAAUCCCCUCAAGGCGUUCCUUUCCAGAUCAUGAGCGACCCACACGGCGUAUUCUCAUUUGACCGGACUCGCGGUGUGUUGCCGGAGCACACUGUGUCUCAUGUCACUGUGACGUUCAGGCCGGUGGAGUCCUCAAAUUAUUGGAAACGAGUGGUUUGCCUGUUCAAGGUGAGUUGUUUCGUCUGA